UUCGUGCGGAAACGCGUCACAGGAAGCGGUUGGUCUGUCGCGCUUCUCUCUCUAGUCCGUUCUUCCGGCGGCGUGCUCGUCUCUUCAGCGCAUCGUGUGAUCAUCAUGGCGUCUCUAUCGAUGGCCCCCGUCAGCAUCUUCAGUCACGGAGCGGAUGAGGAGAAGGCAGAGACGGCGCGUCUGUCGUCCUUCAUCGGCGCCAUCGCAAUCGGGGAUCUGGUGAAGAGCACUCUGGGGCCCAAGGGCAUGGACAAGAUCCUGCUGGGCGGCGGCCGGGACAGCAGCGUGACCGUCACCAACGACGGAGCCACCAUCCUGAAGGCCAUCGGCGUCGACAACCCCGCCGCCAAAGUGCUCGUGGACAUGUCUAAGGUGCAGGAUGACGAGGUGGGCGACGGGACGACGUCUGUGACGGUGCUGGCAGCGGAGCUGCUGCGGGUACGAGCUCUUCCUCCUCACAGCGUGUCGUGUCACUUCUCCAAGCUGGCGGUGGAGGCCGUGCUCCGACUCAAGGGAUCUGGCAACCUGGAGGCCGUCCACGUCAUCAAGAAGCUGGGAGGCAGCCUGACCGACUCCUACCUGGACGAAGGCUUCCUGCUGGACAAGAGGAUCGGACGCGUGUUGUUCUUCCUCAGGCAGCUGAUCUAUAACUACCCAGAGCAGCUGUUUGCGGCCGCCGGUGUGAUGGCCAUCGAGCACGCUGAUUUUGUGGGAGUCGAGCGCUUGGCUCUCGUCACAGGCGGAGAGAUCUCCUCGACCUUUGACCACCCUGAGCUGGUGAAGCUCGGCCGCUGUAAGCUGAUCGAGGAGGUCAUGAUCGGAGAGGACACGCUCAUACACUUCUCUGGAGUGGACAUGGGUGAGGCGUGCACCAUCGUCCUGCGCGGGGCGACGCAGCAGAUCCUGGACGAGGCCGAGCGCUCGCUGCACGACGCUCUGUGUGUGCUGGCGCAGACCGUCAAAGAGACGCGCACCGUGUUCGGCGGAGGCUGCUCGGAGAUGCUGAUGGCUAAAGCCGUGUCCGAUCUGGCCAACCACACGCCAGGAAAAGAGGCUGUGGCCAUGGAGUCCUUCGCUAAAGCCCUGAGGAUGGUACGUCACACACACCCAUACGUCCACUGACACUGUGGACAUUAA